AUGAUAGUUUAGAUAACAAUUGAUAAAAAGAUUUAAUUACAAGAAGGGAGUAUAAGAUGCUAUACUUUUAUUCUUUUAACUGAAGUAUUAUUAAAAUCUUUUCUUAACUUCCAAUACAAGAUAAACUUAUUUUAUGUAGUGAUUUUUACUUUUUACUAUAAAAAUGGAAGAAAUCUGUUACAUUUGAGAAAAAAACAGAACAAGUUAUCUAUUACUUUAUCAUUAAGUGUUAAAAAAUAAUUCUUUGGUUUUCGUAAAUGACUAAAUCUAAUAAGUUUCUCAAAGAUAAAUUCUUAAAUCUAAACCUUAGAUAUUAUAAGUAAAAUACCAAAAAUGGCAGUUUAAUCAUGCUUAUUGAUACCCAUUUAUGGUUUUGAAUAAUUAUUUAUUGAAGAAAAUGAUAUAUUGAAAAAGUUUAUACGUAGAUGUAAAUCUUGUAAAUUGAAUAUGUUUAACACAAUUAUGAUACUUUGUGAACAUGAUAGAUAUUGCAAUGAUUUUGCUUAAAUGAUAGAGAAUUUUAUUAUUGUGAUCAAAACCAUAUUGUAAUGGAGUGAUUUUUACAUCGAUUCUAAAUAAAGGGAAUUAUGGAAGAAAAUAGGAGAACAUGAAAAAUGUAGUUUGGGGGAUAUUACUUCAGGAUCUGUACUUUUUGAUGAAUAAAAAAUGAUUGAAUAAUUGACAAAAGGUAAUCCAAUAAGAGAUAGUGCAUCGAAUACCCAUAUAAAAAUAUAAACUCAUAUGCCUGAGGGAGAAAUUUAAACAUUACCUGAAAAAUUUCCAAAAAAGAAGAAUAAAUUAAUUAAUUGAAAAGAUGGUCAUUUUUCAGAUCAUAUGGAGCAUAUUGCGUAUUUAUUGAUGAAAG